UGGCCGUCGGGGCGGAGGGCGGUGGCCGGCCGCGGUCCGGGCUUCAGGCCGGGCGGCGGGGGUGGCAGGGAGGCGGCGCUCUGGGGCCGCAGGCGGGCGUACUCUGAGCGGCGCCCGGGCGCCUGGGCAGGCGCCUCGCGAGUACCGGCGCCCAUUUUGCCCGCCCGCUAAGGAGACCCGUGCGCGGCCUACACGCUUGGGGGACAGCCCUUUACGACGACAUCUCCGCGAACGCCGGCCUCUUGAGCCAGGGGGACGCUCUUUUGAAAGUCAGUCCCCAAACAGUUAAGGUUUUAUUUUAUUUUGUUUUAUUUCCAAGUCACAGCCCCCGAAUCUCGUACAACUCUCCCUGGACCACUUCCGGUUGCCGGCCCGUGCCUCUAACUUCGGUUCGAGUGACCUCGGCCCGGGAUGCCCCUCGGCUCACCCCGGGCUCACGUCGCGUUCCUGGCUUGAGUGGCCCAGGGUGGGAGACCUGGAAGUUUUAGCCUAGCUGUUCUCAAGGCGGAUUAAUUAGCCCAAGAAACAUUAUAUUCAUUUUUCUGGAUAUGCCACUGAAGGACCCGUGCCAGAAGCAAGCCUGUGAGAUUCAGAAAUGUUUACAAGCCAACAACUACAUGGAAUCAAAAUGUCAGGCUGUCAUCCAAGAACUGCGUAAGUGUUGUGCUCAGUAUCCCAAGGGAAGAUCUGUCGUCUGUUCAGGAUUUGAAAAAGAAGAGGAAGAAAACCUAACACUGAAGUCUGCAUUGAAGUAAAGUUCUGCUGAAGUGCUGCUCCAUGUUUCUACUGAAUGAUUUUUUUUUUAAAUCUUCCUGUCUUUCUUCAGGCCAGGUAGCAGCAAAUAGCAAAUGAAAAAGUCAGCUAUAAAAGUUAAUGAAUAUGCCAUCUAUGCAGAACAGACAGAAAUUUAAACAACACAUUCAAAGACAAAUAUGUACAAUGUAAUAAACUGAGCUGCUAAAAUAAACCUGUUGAAGAGAAAAA